AAAGUAAGAGGCACUGUUGAAUACCAAUCUGCACUAACGCAUUAACGAUAAUAUGAAAUGUUAUUACAGAUGUCUGUUGUGUGUUAUAUGACCAAGGUGCUUCCUGUUUCCCUGCUUUUCCCUAUCCUGCCAUACCUUACAGGCUUGCCCUCGCUCGUAUCUUAGAACAGUGGUCAUACAAGCUGAACAUGAACUCUGCUCCACCGUAAACUCACUAUGAUUGAAUGGAGUCACGUAGAUAGUGUGUUAAGUAUAAAAUAGUACAGUACGUGUGUGAAGAUGAAGGGCUAUAGUUUGCUGUGUUUAAUAUUUCUGGCCCCUGUCACAGUUAUUGGACAAACGACACCAGAUCCAAGUUGUGUAACAGUAGAUGACUUUGAAGUGUGCACAGGAACUGCAUAUCCAUGCAAUGUUGAGAAAAGCAAAUGCUACUGUAAGGACAAGAAACCUUUCUGUAGGUGUAACAACUACAUAGACAAGUGGUACAUAGGGGAGAAGUGUGACUUUGAGUGGACGAUAUUGAACUUUGCCCUGGUAUCAUCUCUACCAGGACUGGCCCUGGCUGUUAUUGUUGGUGUGAUAGUCCAGUGUGUCCAUUACUUAAGGAAACCAGCAAAGAAAGAAAAGGAUCGGACAACGGGUUACACAAACUAUGCGAUGUCACCGACAACAUAUUAUGAAAAUAACCAAGAUGACAUGUUCUCCAACACAGUGUUUGCCUCAGACAUGCCGAAUCGGCCAAAGCCUCCCAGUGUCCAGCCCACCCAGGGGAGGUUUCCCAUAUCCAACUUACCCAACCGCCCUUACAGCCUUCAACCAAACGGCAUGCUGCCUACUUUAGACAGAUUGUCUUUGACCAACCCUACAAGCCAGCCAUACAACUACGCUACAGGUAUGACGCAGCCCUUGGGUAACCCCCAUCCCAAGUCUCCAUCGCCAAGGAACCCGUAUGAAGACAGAGCUCCACCUCCAGACUGUUAUGACGACCAGCACAUGAGACCAACACAGCCCCCACCAGGACACAAAGGCAUGAUGAGAGAAGGCAUGUCUGGGUAUCCUGCACCCAGUUCACAUGCUCCCCUCUAUUCGGCACCGGAGUACAACCCCAGUUCCCAGUUCCCAGAGCCCAGAUAGGGAGACACUACUGAGGACAAACAGGGGUGACCAUGGCCUGAAUUAGAACACCACCAAUUUCACUAUCACAAUUCAAAAAAGUUCAACUCAUAUAUAAUUUAAAGUGAGUGGAAAAUGUAAACAUUCAAGGACUUUGUAAACUUGAAUUUAACAUACUAAAAAUGUAUUGUGGCUGGCUGCUAAGUUUUAUGAGUAAUCCACAUUGACUGAUUAUGAAAUUGGCUCAUAUUUUUGCUGUUUUAAGGUUUAUUGUUUGACAAUUUUGUUACUAAUAAAGGCUAUUAUUCCUAGAUUCAAUCCGUAGCGUGGAUCCACACACGCGAUUGAAAUGUAAAGGCAAUGUUCCGAUGUUUCAAUUUCCAGUCGCUUUAACUCGGAUCUCCAGGCCUAAGUAACAGGGUUUGGGUCAAUUCCAAUUUCAUUUGAAAUUCAAAUUCAAUUCUUGAAUUCACUCAUGAAGUGGAGAAUUUAAGUUGAAUUCAAUUCAAAUUUCAACAAUCUUCAAGUUUUGGAAUUGGAAUUAGACUGUUUGAAUUGUAAAACAAAAAUGUAGUCUUUGGAAUUUAAUUUAAUUGGAAUUCAAUAUUUGUACAUUUCCGAGUUAGAUUUGGUUUAAAUCAUUUCAACGUACAUUUCUAUAUUUACAGUAUAGCUACACAAAAAAAACAUAUAUGGAAAACAGCUUUGUGUAAACUUAAACGACUAAAACCAAAUCGAAAGUAUGUAGAAAAGAUAAUACCCUAUAAUCUGAGAAUUUACAAUCAGCAAAAUAAAAGCUAGAUAAUCAGGCACCCAUUGAUUUUAUGUUUGAGGAUAAGAACACGUCAAAAUGUGUAGAAUUGACUGAAAUUAGCUUAAGUGAACAUUCUCAGCUCCCUUGAAAAAUGUAUAGAAUUGCAACCUUUUAUUUCAGCGUCAUGGCAAAAUGUGUAGAAUUGCUGGAAAUUAGCUUCUCUCUGCUGCCAAGAUGAUGUUCUAUGUAUAUUUUUUUCACCGCUCAACCCUUAUGGUGGGUCGCAACUCAAGACACCUCAAUUGGUUGGUCAUGAAACACCAUAGUAUACAACUUUUUUAAGUCAAGCAACAUCAAUUAAAGAUACUUUCAAAAAGAACAUUUAUUUUUUACAAAUCAGAUGUUAAUAAUUUUAAAUCAAUAAACAAAAUACAAUCUUAAUUUCACCUCUAGGUCAAUCAUGGGAUAACUUGGUGUCAGUAGGCGCCCUUAUUGUAAGAUGCAAAACACUCAUCUUAACACAAAUCCACUUGUUGGUACAUUCUUUGUUACUGAAUGAUGGCAAAAAGAGUGAAUGAAAGUAAUAGGUUGAGGUGAACAAUUCAUCAGGAGAAGUCUUUAUUUACUAAAGCUCCUAAUAUUUCAGUUGACAGACAUAGAGAAUAGAUAACACUGAUUUGGAUCUGAUACAUGAGAGAUUCCUGAUAGUAAACAUGUUAUUGGCUUUGAGCAACAUGAUUUUACCAGUGCACACAUGGGACAAAUUAAAACCCCUGAUUGUUUGACAAGCGAUUAUUUCAAAGGACAAAUACAAGUAAAAAGCUGGGUUGUCCACAUCCCCUUUUCAUGCUUUUGAAUACAGAGAAAACUGAUACAGAUGACUGUUUAAGUUUGAAAUUAGAACUGGGUCUUUAAAUGUAUGUUUUUCACAAUUUGCUAGCAGUAACAUUACUAAAAAUCAUACAAUGACUUGUCAGAUAAUGGUUACCCCAAGGUCAACAGUGAGAAUACAGUCAACAGAUAAAUUACAACGUUAUCUUACCACUGAUACUGCAUAUGACAAGUGGUGUGCUAUUCCAACAACCCAGACAAGCAUACUACUGAGAAAAUGUGUGCUUUCAAGCAGUGUUCUGAUUCAGGAUUUAUCUGACUUGAGGUUUGUUUGAAUAGCACCCCAGGUUUGAGUAUUAAUGGUGAUGUGAGGACAAGUUAAUAAAUUACUAAUGCAGUUCGAGGAAAAUGUGACAAUUGUCAUCCUUUAUUUAUCACAUUGAAAUAAUUGUAUUUCCCUGCUCUAUAGUGAGUGAGAAUCAGAUUGUUCUGAAUAUGGGAAAGGCUGUGUGAAGAAGCACUUUACAUUAAAACAUCCUUGUGAUGCCGCGCAAUGUGCUGGCUCUUUUCAGAGGGCCUACGGAAGCCUUUAGUGCAGUAGUCACAGCGGUGGGGAUAGUCCUUGGUGUGGAUGGAUAUGACGUGCCGUUUGAAACCUGAAGCGUCCGAGGAGCUGUACUCACAGUACUGGCACUGGUACACUUUCCGUCCACUGUGGGUCUUCAUGUGCUUCUUCAGUUCCAGCUGAUGCCUGAAGCCCCGUCGACAGCGCUUGCACUUGAAGGGCAAGUCUUUGGUGUGGACGGACAGGAUGUGGCGACUGAGUAUGAAGGGGUCUGGGGUCUUAAAGUCACAGUGGCGGCAUUGGUGCAGCCUGGCACCUUUGUGAGUCUCUGUGUGUUUUUUCAGCUCCGAGGGCCGGUGGAAGCCCUUCUCACACACGUCACACUUGUGAGGGAAGUCCUUGGUGUGCACGGAGAUGAUGUGGCGCUUCAGGUCGCUGGAGUUGGUGCUCUUAUGCUCGCAGUGCGGACAUUGGUGCGUCUUGUGGCCCUGGAAUAUCUCCAUGUGCUUCUGCAGCUCCCGCUCGUCAGAGAAGGCCUGGGGACAGUGGCCACACUUGAAGGGCAGCUCCGCUCCGUGCUUGCUCUUUAUAUGGGUCUUCAGGUUAGACUGGUCGGCACAGCAGAACUCACAGUGCUGGCAGUGGUAGGGCUUCUCACCCGUGUGGGUCCUCAUGUGCUUUUUGAGCUCAGAGGGGUGGCGGAAACCUUUUGCACACUCCACACACACAUGGGCAAAGCUCUUGCUGUGGACAGCCAGCAAGUGGCGGUUGAGAAGGCCCUGCUCGGCUGUCUCAUAGUCACAGUACUUACAGUGGUGCAGCUUGGGCUCCUGGUCACGUAGGAUGAGCUUAUUGGAGCUGAGUGGGCUCUCCACACAGUAACGCCUCGUGACCUCAGUGAACUCUGGGACCCGGUCACUCUUCACUAUGAGCUUGUGGCCCUCCAGGUGGUUGUGGAAGUUGACCUUCUUGUUGGUGGUGAAAUCGCAGUCUGUGCACUGGUACUUCUUCUUGAAGAUGUGGUCGGGGUGGUUCUUCAUGUGGAUCUUCAGGAAGCCUCGCGAUCUGAACUUCUUCCCGCAGAUGUGGCAGGGAUACACAGUCAGAGGCUGGCCAUCUGGACCAAUGAUCACAGCUGAGGAAAAGUGUGGAGGCAAAAAAGAACAGGAAUUGUUAGGCCUACAUCUAAAAAAGAAAAGUAUAAUCUUACAAAAUGAUGCAAGCUUUUAGAAAAUGUUUUAAUGAACAUAGAACCCCAUACCUGUCUGACACUGACGUGUUUCUCCCUUUUUCUUUUUCUUGAUCUUCUGUUUGAGAGCUCUACUUGUACUCAGGCUGUCGCUGAUCUUCAGGUAAUGUGUCCCUGUGUUGGUCUUGUUCUCCAGCCUGGAGUCCAGACUGUUACCUAAGGAAAAUUAUACACCAAUUCAACACACUUAAACAUUGUGACAUGAACAGAUCUAAAUGUUAGGCUAAAUGUAGAAUUAUCUUAUGCCAUACUGAAUGUAUGUCUCUGAGUAACUUGUGUCUAUGGAGAAAAGGAGUAGGCUUUACCAUAAGCUGCAGCCCAGGCUACAGUGCCGAAGGUCUUAUUGUGGCUGGAGUCAUCCAGUGAGUCCUGGAUGGCAGGGGCAUCCUCCUCUCCCACUAUCACCUCCAUGUACACCUCAUCUGCCAUCUCAGUGCAGUCUGCUCACAGACAAGGAAAACUCAGUCACUUAAUUUAACACUACAACCAUCUAUUGGGACAAAAAUAAUAAGGCAGCCAUAUCGUUUAAUAUGUUGUGCAGUAUAAGGGAUUGGAGGAAAGGCUGCUAAUUCAGGGGACUCACUGAUCUCUGAAUCCUCCUGCGAUGGGUCUUUCACUGCCAUGUAGACCAUCUUCUCUCGAGACAGCUUGCCAAUGCCCCCAGUCUCCAGCACUGCGUGACCGUUGUGGAAGUCGCUCUCAGCUACAAUCUCUGUGCCACCUGCACUCACAGUAAAUGUCUGAAUUCAGAGAAAAUGAACAGAGGUGUAUCUUUCAAAUUGAUCGGAACUUGUAAGAGUCCUUACCUAUAUCAUCAUCAGCCUCUGCCUUGAAGAUGUAGACUUUGAUGCACUCAGAGUCAUAGUCACCCUCUUUGGAGCCAUCCUCCAUCACCUCAGAACCCAUCUUCAGGGGCGUGUCCUCCAUGUCCAACUUCUCCCCAACAUCGUCCACUCCACAAACAAUAGCACACUCAUCAUUAUACACUAUCAGAUUCAUCCUAUUAUUAGAGUCAAAAUUUGUGUUGGAGCAGUCUAGUAGUACCAAGAAAAUAAGACGUGUCUUACAGGAGAUCAUCAGGUAGUCCUCGGAGACGCUCUCUCCAGCAUCGUCGUCCGGCUCCUGGAUGGUGACUGCAGAGUCUUCAAUCUCCUCCUGCUCCUCCACAUACGUCUCUGAGUUGCAGUUGGAGACCAUGACCUCCUCCGUGACAAUUUCAAACACCUGGUCAGGAACCCUAUCAGAUUCCUCUAUGAGAUCUGUUGUCAGCACAUGGUGAUGGUGGUCAGAAUCCAGCACGUCCUCAAUGGCGACCUCGGCCCCCAGGACCGACUCAGUCAUGAUUAUGCCGUCAGGAUCAUCGCUGCAGCAGAUGUCUGGCCCCUCUACAACCUCUGACCCCAGGUCAUGCUCAAACAUGAUUCCCUCCUCGUCAGUCACAUCUGACACCAGCACCGCCUCUGGCACAGAAACCACAAUGUGAUCACCGUCAAUGUGGGCCAUACCUGCCACCGGGGAAAUCAGGAGGAACUGUUAUCAGUUCGAGCACACAGACACAAUCAAAUAAACAAAAGGCCAUGGACUAUUAGUUCUCUGCAUUGAUAGAAUGGACUUACCAAAAUCCUGCAUUAUCAUUGUGUGUGGCAUCUUUGAGUCUUGCAUCUGAAAGUUCAAGACCCCUCCACCGUGGUCCAUUCUCUUUUUAUCCUGUCUGCUACCAACACAAAUGAGGAGGAUUCUUUUAUUUUUCUUACUAGCUCUGACUUUGCUGGUUGCUACUUUAUUGAGGACUUACUAUGACUGUGAUAUAUGGUUGUCCAACCUAGCUAUGAAUGCACUAACUGUAAUUCGCUCUGGAUAACAGCGUCUGCUAAAUGACGUAAAUGUAAUGUAAAUGAUUAAGUUGAUCUAAUUUUAUCAGAUCAAUUAGGACCUCUGUCAAUGCAUAACUCAUUACAAAUGUCUCAACACGGAUUCAAUGCUGAAUAAACAUUAACAUUGAAUAAUGCAUUGUUGGGUUUGGAGCUUGCAAGAAAGACAUUUCACUGUACUCGUUCAUGUGACAUUAAAGCUUUAACAAAAUGUUAAUACUGAAAGAUUAAAAACACAUUGCUAAUGACAGUAUUUCACCACUCCAUAUUUGAUUUUGAGCUCUCAAACCAUCAGGGAAGUGUUAUGUUUUUUUUAAUCAGCUAGGGAGGAGAAACACCUGAAAUAGAGAAAAGAAAAACACAACAGAUGCAUCAGCUUCAAUGAUUUUAUCUAUCUUGAAAUAUAAUUGUGGUAAUGGAAAUAAAGACUGCUAUAAUCCUUUAUUACUUAUAAGAAUGUGACUUUAUAAUGUCUUAGUAUUAGGAGACAUUAUGGUUUGGGGGCGGAAGGUAACCUAGAGUUUAGGCCAGUAACCGAAAGGUCGCUGGUUAGAAUCCCCAGGCCAACUAAGGUGAAAAAUCUGCCAAUAUGCCCUUGAGCAAGGCACCUUAGCCUAAUUGCUUCUGUAAGUCGCUCUGGAUAAGAGUGUCUGCUAAAUUACUCAAAUUUAAAAAUUAGAGGGUAAACUAUUUGAUAAAUGCAGAAGUAUAUUAUGUUAUUACGUUGUCUUUGGUCUCUCUUGUCAUGAUGUGUUUUGUCAUUUUUUAGUCCCUACUGGAGGCCUUUUGGUAGGCAAUCAUUGUAAAUAAGAAUUUGUUCUUAACGGACUUGCCUAGUUAAAUAAAGGUUCAAUUAAAAAAACAAGUAAGGUGGUUGAUGAUGCAAUGAUACAUCUAAUGGGAAGCAAAAAGCUACAAUGUGUAUAUAUUCACACUCACAGGUGAUACUCCUUGGUUUGGAUCAAUUGAGUAGACUGGUGUUACAAGUAAAGGGAGAAUUCUGGCACCAACAAAUACAUGCCUCCAGGGCUAAUGUGUCAACAUAACAUUAUUUGCACUGUGGGUGAUAGUAAUGGGGCGGCAGGUUGCCUAGUGGUUGGACUAGUAACCGAAAGGUUGCUAGAUCGAAUCCCCGAGCUGACCAGGUAAAAAUCUGUCGUUCUACCCCUGAGUUCCCGGGGCGUGGAAGUCGAUUAAGGCAGCACCUCUGAUUCAGAUUCCCUACUGAAUCAAUACCACUUUAUUACUUGUAAGAAUGUGCCUUUAUAAUGUCCUAGUAUCAGGAGACAUUGUGGUUUGGGGGCGGAAGGUAACCUAGCGUUUAGGCCAGUAACCGAAAGGUCGCUGGUUAGAAUCCCCGAGCCACGCUAGCAUAGAUAUUGCUCCUUGUUCUAUCUGUGUCUGUAGUUACAGUGACAGAUACGGGAAAGUAGCUGGCAAGUGAUUCACACGCAGUUUUCGCCCAAUGCAGUAGUUGACUGACCGUAGAGAGCGCGCGCAGACGCAUUAAAUAUGGCGGCUUCUGUUUACAUUGUGGACACAGAAUCCCGACAACAAAGGCGCUUGAGUGCACACGGUGAAUUUAGCUAAAUGAAUGGCUAUGCAUGAAUGAUAAGCAUAAAUCGAAUCUAUGCUAAAUAUUUAAUGAAAUCCAAGCUAUGCGCUUGUUUCAAGACUCCAACAACAAGCGUGCAAGACUGACGCUCUGCGACAUCAUGACCGUAAUGCAUAUUUUCUGCCCAGUCCGGGCCAUUGUUGGGCUAAAUUAGCAAGCUAACUAGCUAGCAAUAGCAUUCCCAGCAAUUGCAAUCGAUAUCAUUAGUCAAAUAAACGCAGUAAACCUACCAUACUUUAGAACGUGUGCACUGGAAGAUGGCACAAAUGACUAUCGUCUUACAAAUGUCACAUAUUUCCGAGCGAGCUAGCUAUGUCGUUAGUUAGCAUAGCUAUCGACGGCUAGCUAGCAGUCAUUGUUGUUGUUUUUUCGGCUUGGGUAGAGGCCCAUAAGCCUUCGUGACAAGGCCUCAUCGUCAUAUCGCAUUAAAUGUAAUAUAUACUUACCAAAUCAAGUCACUAUUGUCUUGUUUUAAUUCCACUUUUCCGGUUUGAACAGUAUUUCCGCAGUCGUAUUAUUAAAUUAGGUUAUAUUUCUCAUGGUGCGAAUGCAAGGCCUGUACAACAUUCUAGAUCCUGAAGGCUGUUUUUCAGGCCUGAACCAAUCACGUAGCUCGCUGUUAGCUCGGAAGGGUGGGGGCGGUGGGGAAGUAGGUGACAAACUGCACUCGGUCUUCAACAGUUUAUUCUAACUAAAAGGUGGCGCAGUAGUGUAUACCAGAACUGAUACAUUUGCAACAAAAACUAAAUAGGGCUCAAUACUGUAACUGUCCUCAAAGUGUUAAAUUAUGAUAGUUUCAACUGAAACAUGUUGUGGUAUAACUUUUAGUAUGCAGAAUUAGAUGGUGUUUACAACCAAGCCCUGUGAGAUACUCUACAGUGACAAUGUAAUAAUGAUAUACUGUAUCAGUUCUAAGUAUGUGAAUUUGUGUGUCAAUUCCCAAAUCUGAAUCAAAUUAAGAUUAAUUUCAUUGGUGAUCAGUUGGAUUUUAGCAUUGAGCAGCACCUUGCAUUUAAGAUGAGAAAUUAUGGAUAAGGUGUCCAAUUGCAGUGGAAGGGAUUGUGAAGCCACACAAAAUAAACCAGCACUGCAUGAUUGGCAGAAGAAAACAAUAAUUAAAAUCAAAUUCACAGAAACCACUGUUUAAUGUGCUUUAAUACAUUAAGUGGAGUUAUUUUGAGUGAGAGUAUGUUACAGAUUACUGAGGAAUUACUGAGAAACAUUGAGUAUACCUUUUUACCUAUGGUUAUUGGCAGGCUGCCCCAGUCUGCCCCAAGCCAUAGUAGUCGACCUCUCAGGGGAGGCAUAGACAUGACUUGAUAGGUACCCUCCAACUGAAAAGUCCUUACUGGGACAGGGGAUCCUCAAACCAGAGGGGAUGAGGGACUGGGCUCUCGGAGGCUCUCUAAUAGACAAGGCCUGAAAUGAUUCUCUCAGGGACUGCCGUGCUGCUCCAGUUGCAGGGGGGUCACUGGAGUUCAAGGUUUUGGCAGAAACAGAUGAAGAUCGGCCACCACUCCUAAGCCUGACUGAAGACUCACCUAGGAGGCAAUCACAAGUUUGGAAAUGUUAUGGACUAAACAUGUCUUGUCUGAAAUAAAGCCAAGUAAAAAAAAAUAUUUAAAAAAGGCAGCUCCAGAAUCUUCUAUUAAAGUGUUCAAUUGGGUUGAGAUCUGAACCCGUAUCCACAAAGCAUUGCAGAAUAGUUCCUAGGAAUCCUGUUAAAACCUGUUUUAAGACAACAAAAAAACUCCCAGGUCAGUUAGUUUAAGGAUGAUGGUAGCCCUAUCCUGCAGUCAAUGACCAAAAGUGCCUUGUUUGGCCUCAUGGGUGGAAUGUUCAUAUUUUUCAUAAUUUCAUCGUUAAAAGUUUUUUUUUAAACUGACGAAAAUCCGGUGUUUCUAUGUCAAACAGUUUUGUUAUAUUUCAGUCUUCUGUGAUGUAUAUAAAGUGAAAUAUUGGGAUGCAAACUCCACAUUGAAUACACAAGCAUUUCGCUACACCCACAAUAACAUCUGCUAAACACGUGUAUGUGACCAAUACAUUUUUUAUUUGAAUUAAACUCUAUAAAUGACAUGGUA